AUGAGUGGGACAAGUGAGGAGCAGCCACUCAAAGUCAUCGUUGUCGGCGCGGGUCUAGGAGGUUGUGCCUGCGCCCUCGCACUGCACGCUCAAGGAUUCGAGGUAACCGUCUUCGAGCGCCUUAGAACCUUCCGUAGACUCGGAGAUAGUCUCGGACUCGGCGAGAACGCACUGAAGCUCCUGCGGCGAUGGGGCGGUCAGGAGCUUUACGACACUCUUUGUUCAAUCGGCAAUCAAGCGCCUAAUAUGCAGAUCCGACGCUGGCAUGACGGCAAGAUUCUUGCGCAGCAACCUUUGAUGGAUAUGGCCGGCUAUAUUGGCCACCGCGGUGACUACCACGAGGUCUUCCUGAAGGCUGUCCGUGAUGCUGGUGUUCCAGUCCAUAUGGACCAUGAAGUGGUAGCCUUCGACGAAGAAAAGCCGUCAGUUUUUCUCGCCAACGGCCGAGAGGUCGAGGCAGACGUGAUUGUCGGUGCGGACGGCAUAAAAAGCAAAGCGAGAGAGCUUGUUCUCGGCUUCAAGGACCAUCCCAAAUCGAGCGGGUACUCUUGCUUUCGGGCGUACUUUCCAGGCUCUAUUGUCAGGGGCGAUCCAAAGUGCAGCGAUUUCGUCAACGAAGACUGUGUCAACAUUUGGAUUGGUGAAGAUACUCAUGUUGUGCAAAAUACUCUGCGCAACGGCGAGGAAUUCAAUUGGAUCCUAACGCGUAAGCUCAGCGAUGAGAAAGACAUGGAGAUCACGGAAUCCUGGUACCAAGAGGGCGACUUGAAUGAGGUCUGGAAGUGCGUUGAAGGCCUCGAUGAGCGCAUCGUCGCUGCUAUCAGAAAGACGCCGAGCUGCCUGGAUUGGAAAAUCUGUUAUCGCGAUCCGCUGCAGACAUGGACCAGUCGUAGCCACAAGAUCGUACUUCUUGGCGACAGUUGCCAUCCGCAUCUCCCAACGAGUGCACAAGGUGCAAGCCAGGCAACAGAAAGCGCUGCCGUACUCGCUAUAUGCCUUAAGCUUGCUGGCAAGGAGAAUGUACCACUUGCUACCCGCACGUACGAGAAGCUGCGAUUCGCGCGCACAGAACGGUCGCGGCACAACGGCGAAGACCUCCGGGAUCGAUGGCAUAGUGCACUCAGGAUGUCUAAUGCAGGAGGCGAGAUCGACCCCGAGACGAUCAAAAUGCACAAUCGUCCCUUGUAUGCUUUCGAUGCUGAAGCUGAUGCGAUGCAGAGAUGGCACUCCGUCAGCUCGCAAGUAGCGAACGAGUUGCGGUCUGGUUGUAUCUCGCCGCUGUUCGAUAUGGGAGCCAGAAACGCCAUCGAUGUUGUGGCACCGGCACCACUUGGCGCCACGGCUACGUGA